AUGUUGAGGAAUCAAAUUACUAAAUCACAAAGACUUGUGAUAACAAGAUCUUUCCAUCAGUCUUUUAAAAAUUUAAAUUCUCCUCCAAAAUCUCCAUUACAAAUUUUUACAGAAACUUUUAGACAAGAAUGGAAAAAAUCAAAAGAAUUACAAGAUGGUAUAAAAGCUUUACAAGAUGAAACUGGUAAAAUUGGUGAAUCUGAUGCCUAUAAGAAAGCUCGUGAAGCUUAUAAAAAAGCUCAAACUCAAACUACUGUCAUUGGUAAAACUGUUAAAAAAACUGGUGAAGUUGUAGAAAAAGUUGUAAUUACUGCUUGGGAUUCUGAAGCUGGUAAAUAUACAAGAAAAACCGUUGAAAGAACUGUUGAUGCUGUUGAUUCUGUUAUUGAACCUGUUAGACAAACUAAAGUUUAUAAAGAUGUUAAGGAAGUUUUAGAUGAUGGAUCUGCUUCAAGAUAUGGUGGAUUUGAAUCAAAAGAACAAAGAAGAUUAAGAAGAGAAAAAGAAAUCGCUUCUGGUAAAAGACCAAAAGCUGUUAGAUCAAAUGAAGAAGCUGGUAAUGCAUUAGUUGCUACUGAUUUAAAACCUGAAGGUGAAGGUUUAGGUAAAAAAAUUGAAGAUUUCCAAACAAAAACUACUGUGGGUCGUCAAAUUUCUGAUUUUAAAGUUAAAUAUUGGGAUGAAUCUGAAAAUCCUUUAAUUUCAACUAUAAGAUCAAUUACUGAAAAAAUUGGUGGAUUAUUUGCAGAAACUGAAUCUGCACAAGUUAUUAGAUUAUUUAAACAAAUUGAUCCAGCUUUUAAUACUGAAGAUUUUACAAAAAAUUUACGUGAAUAUAUAAUUCCUGAAGUUUUAGAUGCUUAUGUUAAAGGUGAAGAAGAAGUUUUGAAAACUUGGUUUAGUGAAGCUCCAUAUAAUGUUUAUAAUGCUCAACAAAAAAUCUUUAGAGAACAAGGUUUAUUUGCAGAUGGUAAAAUUUUAGAUAUUAGAGGUGUUGAAAUUGUUAGUGCAAAAUUAUUACCUUCAAAUAUUCCUGUUUUGGUUGUUGGCUGUAGAGCUCAAGAAAUUCAUUUAUAUAGAAAAGCUAAAACUGGUGAAAUUGCGGCUGGUACUGAAUCAAACAUUGUUAUGAGUUCUUAUGCUAUGGUUUUAACAAGAAUUGCUGAAGAUGUUGAUGAUAAAGAAACUGAAGGUUGGAAAAUUAUGGAAUUUGUUAGAGGUGGUUCAAGACCUUUCCAUUGA